AUGCAGCCAAUCAUGUCCCUGAUAAGAACCGAGCACUCUCAGAGCAGUUCCUCUCAGACCCAACACAAGCACAUCAGACAUGAGUGGAACGGACCACACCACAGCCAGGCCACGCUGUCACCAGAACCACUGCCCGCACGCCCUGCACUUCAAAAGGUGUUCACAAGGAUAAAUACUGCAGGACACACUCGACCCACUAGUGACCGCCGCUUCAGAGCGAAGACCUCUCUCAUGGCGAGCACUUGGGUCUCUGAAUCAGGAACCGUCUUCAGCUCUAAGCUUGUACUGCUACUGCUCGUGGCUGUGCUCCUCCAGGGACCUCUGCGCUCUCACGGCAGCCCCAUCCUCAGCACCCGUCAGAGGCAGCGGCCGGACCCAGGCCUGGGCGACGGUCAUGGAGGGGUGGUGGACCUGUCCAAGCUGGAGCAGGACGGAGCGGUGAACGUGCAGUUACUUGAGAGUCUGAAGGAGCAGUUUUUGAAGACGUUUAACCUGUCUGGACCUCAGUCGUCUGCAGCCGAGGACAGCUCCAGAGAGGAACCCCCUGAGUAUAUGAUGGAGCUCUACAACCGCUUUGCCAACGACCACAACGCCAUGCCCACCGCCAACAUCAUCCGCAGCUUCAAAAAUGAAGAUCCUUCUCCGAGUGUUGCAGAUGCUGGAGGGGUCAGACGUCACAAACUGUUCUUCAACGUCUCGGUUCCUCAUCACGAGCGAGUUAUGGCUGCCGAAUUACGUCUCUACACGCUGGUCCAGACCGACAGGCACCUGUAUGCCGGGGUGGACCGAAAAGUAACUAUUCUGGAACUGGAAUCAAACGCAGAAGGUUCCAAUGCGACAGAAGGAAGUCAGGAGAGAUUGGAUGGAGCUGGGGACAUGCGUCUGACAGAGUUGGCGUCGAGGCAAGUAUUCGGCACUGAUAACGGUUGGGAGGCUUUUGAUCUCACAGUGGCCGUUCAACGUUGGAGGAACUCUGAACAGGGGACCACGCAUACGCUGGAGGUGCACAUCGCAAGCGUGACCAGAGGUGAAAACAUCCCAGAAAUGAAAAACGACUGUGACAAUGCAAUUAUACAAGACAUGAAAAUUGACACGAGUCCAGAGGAGAAGCACAAGCCUUUGCUGAUUGUAUUUUCGGACGACCAAAGCAACGAUCGCAGAGAGGACAAGCGAGACUUAAACGAGAUGAUUGACCAUGAAACUUCCGACACGGUUCUUCAAAAUGAGAUCUGGAAUGACCUUGAGAAAGACAAAGAUGCAUUUGAAGGAGAAAAAGCAGAGCCGGAUGAAGAGGACUUGAUCCAAAUGAGGGUCUUCCUCUGCACUUAUCUGAGGCCAAACAAUCAUCAGCACUUCAUGGGCCUGAGGCGAGCGGACUCCAAGGCCUGGAUUGUCCCAAUGCUGCUGCUGGAACAGGGUUAUCGCCCCCUCUGCUUCCCCUUCACAUGCCUCCGCUCUCCUGGCAGUGAUAGUGAGGGUCUCAAAGACCUCCAUUGGAAGUUCGAGUUCUUCGAAAUGGACGCCACCUUGUACGACGACGCCAACCACUAG